CGUACGCUAAAUAAGUUGUUUCAAAAUGGCGGCAGCAACGGCGAUGCAGUUCGGUCAGUUCUCCUCCGGUAGCGACAUGGCACCGGACUGGACCAUGAAGGAAGUCAGCACCGGGACCACCAUUAUGGCAGUGGAGUAUGAUGGAGGUGUGGUGAUUGGUGCAGAUUCCCGUACUACUACUGGGGCCUACAUAGCCAACCGCGUGACAGACAAGUUGACUCCUAUUCAUGACAGAAUCUUCUGCUGUCGGUCUGGUUCUGCUGCCGAUACUCAGGCUAUAGCUGAUGUUGUUACCUACCAGCUGGGGUUCCACAGUAUUGAGCUGGAUGAAGCCCCAUUGGUCCAGACAGCUGCCAAUCUGUUUAAGGCGUCCUGCUAUAGGUACAGAGAGGAGCUGAUGGCCGGGAUCAUCGUGGCGGGAUGGGACAAGAGACGGGGAGGACAGGUGUACACUGUUCCAGUAGGAGGAAUGCUGGUCAGACAGCCUGUAUCAAUCGGGGGGUCAGGAUCCACCUAUACCUAUGGUUACAUGGACUCCAACUACAAACCCAACAUGACAAAGGACCAGUGUCUUCGCCUGGUAUCUGGAGCGCUGUCCCUGGCUAUGGAGAGGGAUGGGUCCAGUGGAGGCGUGGUCCGGCUGGCAGCCAUCUCAGAGACUGGCGUGGACAGACAGGUCAUCCUGGGAAACCAGCUCCCUAAAUGGUCUACUGCUUAAAGACACAUGUCAGGAUGUGAUGUUGCAUGGGUUUGUAAAACCCUUUCAGAUUUAUAAUAAAAAACACAUUUUAAAUAAAGUUCUUUUGGAAGUAAA